ACAUCUAUCACCUCAAUUGUUUUCUCUCAUAACACUUUUGUUAUAUUUCAAUCCUCCAUAACCCACAAUCUUCUCAUAACUCUUCUACUCGAUAUCAUAAUUAUGAAAUCGGGAAUGGAAGUUGAGGAGAGAAAAAAGUUGAAGAAACCCCAACAGGCCAUUUCCAGAAAAGGUUGCAUGAAAGGUAAGGGAGGACCUGAAAAUCCGAGUUGCCCUUACAAGGGUGUGAGACAGAGAACUUGGGGUAAAUGGGUUGCUGAAAUCCGUGAACCCAAUCGUGGUUCUCGCCUUUGGCUUGGGACAUUUGAGACAUCCCUUGAAGCUGCUUUGGCUUAUGAUGCUGCCGCACUUAAGCUUUAUGGAUCAAGGGCCAAGCUCAAUCUACCUGAAAUCUCUACAUCUGUUAAAUCUGAGGGUCAACAAUCUUCCCCUGACACUCAAAUUGUUCAAAUGGAAGACCCAUACCAUCCUCAAGGUAAUCACAACACAGGUAAUAACACAUGUUUAGGUUUCAAUACCAACCCAUACCCAACAGUGUCAAUGGCUUAUCAACCAUUAAACAACAACAACAACAACUCCACUCUUUCUUUUCCAUUCGAUACCAACUCUAAUCCAAUUGAUCAAACUUAUAAGGAUUUCUUUCCACCUUUAGAUGAUUCCAUAUGGCCAGAAGAUGCCAUGUCAAUAGAUUUUCCAAUUAAUUAUGCAAGUUCGAGAAUGAUCACAGAGGAAAAUUUGGCAGACGGAAGUGUUUGGGAUUCGUUGCAGACACCAUGGUGCAUGUAAGUUGAUCUUCUCCUUAGAUGAAGAGGAAAGUAACAACCAACAUCAUCAUCAUCGUCUUUUUUUUCAAUUCACAUGUCACCUGAAUUGCUAUCCUCUAUACACAUACACAAGUGCGUGUUUGUGCGUAGUGGUCAUUUAGGCCUUUAGAUGGCAAUCUUCUUUUAUUGAAUAUAUCUAAUUAUUAUUAUUAUA